AUGUUUUCGUUACUUUUCACGGUGAUUCAUUCGCCUUUCUUUCGUUUACAUUCACGAGUUCAAUUCUUUCUAUCUUUUUCUCUUUCCGCUCUGUUUUUCUUUUUUUUUUCCGUUCUUUCUUAUCUUUUCUUUUCUUUCUUUAUUUUCUUUUUCUUUCUUUUCUUUUCUUUUCUUUCUUUCUUUCUUUCUUUUCUUAUCUUUUCUUUUCUUUCUUUAUUUCUUUCUUUUCUUUUCUUUUCUUUUCUUUAUUUCUUUAUUUCUUUUAUUUUCUUUUCUUUUCAUUCUUUCUUUUCUUUUCUUUCUUUUCAUUUUCUUUUCUUUCUUUUUUCUUUCCUUUCUUUUCUUUCUUUCUUUUUCUUUUCUUUCUUUCUUUUUUCUUUCUUUUCUUUUCCUUUCUUUCUUUCUUUCUUUUCCGUUCUUUCUUUCUUUUCUUUUUUUUCUUUCUUUUCUUUUUUCUUUCUCUUUCUUUCUUUUCUAUUCUUUUCUUUUUCUUUCUUUCUUUCUUUCUUUCUUUCUUUCUUUCUUUCUUCUUUCUUUCUUUCUUUUCUUUUCUUUUCUUUCUUUCUUUCUUUCUUUCUUUUCUUUUCUUUCUUUCUUUCUUUCUUUCUUUCUUCAGUUUUAUCUUUCUUUUUUCUUUCCGUUCUUUCUUUCUUUUCGCUCCUUUUUUCUUUAUUUCUAUAUUUCUUUCUUUUUUCUUUCUUUCUUUCCGCACUAUUUUCUUUCUUUCUUUUUCUUUCUAUCUGUCUUUACGCUUUAUUCUUUCUUUCUUUCUUUCCGUACUAUUUUCUUUUUGUUCUUUCUUCAUUAUUACAUUCGUUCAUUCUUUUUUCUUUCUUUCCAUUCUGUCUUUCUUUUCUCUCUCUCUCUCUAUCUCUCUCUCUAUCUAUCUAUCUAUUUAUCCGUUCUUUUUUUCAUUCCGUUCUAUUUUUCUUUCUUUCUUUUUUCUUUUCUUUCUUUAUUUCCGUUCUAUCUUUCUUUCUUUCUCCCUUUUUUCUUUCUUUCCUCCCUUUUUCUUUUCUUUCCGUUCUAUUUUUCUUUCUUUCUUUCUUCCUUUUUUCUUUCUUUCCGUUCUAUCUUUCUUUCUUUCUUUUUUUCUUUCUUUCUUUCUUUCUUUCUUUCUUUCCGUUCUAUGUUUCUUUCUCCCUUUUUUCUUUCUUUCUUUCUUUCUUUCUUUCUUUCUUUCUUUCUUUCUUUCUUUCCGUUCUAUCUUUCUCUCUAUGGUUUACGUUUUCUAUUUAUCUAACUAUCUAUCUAUCUAUCUGUCUGUCUAUCUAUCUAUCUAUCUAUCUAUCUAUCUUUAUCUGUCAUAAUAUAUUCAUAUCUAUCUAUCUAUAUAUCUAUCUUUAUUUCUUUCUUUCAUUCAAUCAUUGUUUCUUUCUUCGUUCUAUUCUCAGUAUUUUCUUUCUUUCUUUUUAUUGUCACAGUAUUUCUCUUUCUUUCUUUCUUUCUUUCUUUCUUUCUUUCUUUCUUUCUUUCAUUCAUUCUUUCUUUCUUCGUUUGAUUCGCAAUAUUUUUAUUUUAUUUUUUCUUUCGUUUUUUCUUUCUUUCUUUCUUUUAUUUCUUUCUUUCUUUUCUUUGUCUUUCUUUAUUUUAUUUUCAGUUUUUUCAGUAUUUUUUCUUUCUUUCUUUCUUUCUUUUUUUCUUUCUUUCUUUCUUUCUUUCUUUUCAAAUGUGCAUUCUUUUCAUAUCUGUUAUCUAUCUAUCUAUCUAUCUAUCUAUCUAUCUAUCUAUCUGUUAUGUCUGCUCAUUAUCUAUCUAUCUAUCUAUCUAUCUAUCUAUCUAUCUAUCUAUCUUAGUCUGUUCAUUAUCUAUCUAUCUAUCUAUCUAUAUAUCUAUCUCAAUCUCUUUCUUUUUCUUUCUUUCUUGCUAUCUGCCACAAUUUCUAUCUAUCUAUCUGGAAAAUCUGUUAGAAACGUGGACAAAGUUAACAUAAUCACAUCAUCUAUCUAUCUAUCUAUCUAUCUAUCUAUCUAUUUUUCUUUCUUUUUUUCUUUCUUUUUAUCAAUGAAACCAAGGAGCGACGUUAAUCACUUCUAUCUAUCUAUCUAUCUAUCUAUCUAUCUAUCUAUCUUAAUGUUAUACUAUCUAUCUAUCUAUCUUAAUGUUGUACUAUCUAUCUAUCUAUCUAUCUAUCUAUCUAUCUAUCUUAAUGUUAUACUAUCUAUCUAUCUAUCUAUUUUUCUUUCUUUCUUUCUUCCUUUUUUAUCAAUGAAACCAAGUAGCGACGUUAAUCACUUCCAUCUAUCUAUCUAUCUAUCUAUCUAUCUAUCUAUCUAUCUAUCUAUCUAUCUGUCUCUUAAUCUUUUUGUCUCUAUCUACGUUUAUCUUCGCUUCUUUCUGUCGUUCUUUCUUUCGUUCUUUCUUUCAUUUUCUAACAAAUAA